UGUACGAAACGAUAGCAAAAAGUGAAUACUUUGUUUUUGAGGUCGAAGCAACGUCAACGAAAAUAGUUUUAUUAAUUUUAUUAGUGCUCAUCGAAGAAGUGAUUGUGAAUUUUUCGGUUCACUGAGUUUAUGGAUUCUAUCAACAAGAAACUUCAGAACGUUUAUUCUAUAUUUAAUACAAAUUGAAUCAUCACUAGAGUCAGCUUCUCUUGACUACUAAAGCAGUAGCCAUGCUGAAUCAGUACAAGUUUGGAACUAGGAUCCAACCGUCGAUUAUCAUCGUGAUAAUGUGUUUAUGUUUGGAGCAUGUAAAAGGAUCCUGUCUCAGUUACGGACAUUCAUGCUGGGGAGCGCACGGAAAACGAGCCAGUCCUGCAGACCGUAAUGGAGAGGCGUUCGCUGGUGAAGGCCUACCAUUUCGUCAGCAGCAACCACCAGAUCAGACCAAACCCAUACCGGCUGCAAUGUCUGCCGCAGAGCGAUGGGCGUUGGUCAGAGUGCUUCCGGAUAAAAACGCAUACAAGCUUCUGCAGACUACGCCACCUUUGGCAGCUCAGUUCUUUUUCGACCAUGCCACGACAGGGCCAGAUGACGACACCGCGCAGCGGUUGGGCGAAACAAGCAAUGACUCCAGUCAUCAGCCCAACCAGGUUACAUCAGCCGAAGUGGAUAUCUUGCCUAGCGAUACAAUUAGCGUUUCGACGAGACCAGUAGCUUCGAUCGGUCAUAAACGGGUUCAUCGCCGCAAGAAAAUGCCACUAUCUGUAGAUUUUGAUGACAAGAUCGAGGAUAUCAGCAACAUCAACAUCGACCGAAUGUUGGCACCUACGGAUGAGGACAUUCGACAAAUGUUACUUUUCGAUGCUGCGGUGGCUGCUGCUGCGGAUCCUUCGAAUAGAGCAGGGCCAUUCAUCAGCAAGCGCUUCAGUGGCAGUGCCCGAGUUCCCGCCAGCGUUUAAGCAUCCAUGAAAAAGUUUGUGUUCGAAUCGCCGUUGUCUGGGUUAGGAAGCGAUAUCAUGCUUACAAAUUUUACUCAUCCCUAUUAUUUCUUGCCAAUUCUCUUAAGAUACCAUAAAAGACCAGUAAUCAGUGAAUAACUAUGACAAGGAAUAUUCCCCACUACGACUAAAUCGCCCAGGUUUAUGAGCUUGGAUUACACAUAAGCCUUUAAUCUUGUACUGGCAUUUUAUCGUCGUUUCUCCACUACCUUACAAUAUUGGGUUUUGCCAACUUAAACAAGGCUGUUUGGUAAUAGGAAAUGAGAAUCUAUCACCAAGACGAUGAAUAUUGCUAAACGGUUUUUGGCAGCAUUCAUUAUAGGCUGGAUUGGUGGUAGAUAACCAUUUCGGAUCAGAUGUGUAGAAGCAAUCUACCAUUCGACUUGUGCGCUGUUUCAUCUGCUGUUUA